CCGGCCUGCGGCUCCGACUCAGUAUCCCCGGAGCGACCGACUCGUGUACCCCGCGGAGGUGCUGUGUUUCCGUGCUCCAGCGUGCGCAACACACACGAGAACACACAUACGCACACGCACCCGACUGUACCAACGCGUUUACGCGACCGUACACGCACGCGUACACCACGCACACACGGCACCAACGGCGGAAAGGCGCGCGUACCUACGCGGGCCCUGCGCGCGUGUGCUCGUCUCCACACACCUGUUCCCCGAGGAGGAGACACGCUGACACACCGGGACCCGAAGCCGGACAGUUUAGCAACGCGUGUUUAUCGCGACCGUUUGUGCUGCGCAUGUGACAGGGGUGGAUUCGAGACAGAGGCGGAUACCACGCUCUCGCCCUCGGCGAGAUUUCGCACUGAGCAGUGCUCGCCACGCGCAAGUGGUUGGUCGUGGCUCGACGGUCACUCGCUGGAUUAAUUGUCCACGAUCAACCGCGUCCGGGACUAGUUGGAUUUCAGGGGUUGCGCCCGACGGUUGUGCUUGUGUUGUUUCGUCGAAAGGAUCUAACUACCCUUCCAGUGAACUGUCGAGAGUUUACAGACUCUGAUCUUCGACCCCUCCGUGGAACCCGUGGCUCGAGCGUUUGCCGUGGAAGCUAUUGCUUGACCACGUGCUAGCUAGAGCCCGCGAAGUGGGUUAGAGGAUCUCGAAGCAGAGGGGACGCGGUAAACAACCGCGGCGCACCUCGGCGCAUUUAAUUGCCGAGAUCCGAAGUGAAACGAUCGGGAGAAAGGGGGAGCACGAAGAGGAUCCGCGGCGAGAUAUCGCGCGAUCGAGCGCGAGGGAAAGGUACCUGUCGCGUAGCCGCGGCGCGUAAACAUCUCGGAGCUGUAUUCUCGGCUACCGCUGGUCCCCGUCUUCUUCGUUCGAAAAGCGAGACCGCGAGGCGAGGCGACCCGCGGCGACUAACCGUGGACAAUUCGAACGAGACCGUGUGGCGCUCGUCAGGGGCCGAGCGCGGAGUGUUGAAAACCAGUGUGUAAAACAGUGUCGUCGGGAGGUUCGAGAACCGCGGCUGACCGAGUCGCACGAAGUGGAGAACCGUGAGACCAAGUGGAUCGUAUACGGUGUGUGCGUGGACCGGAAGCAGCGUCGGAGAAGUGUAGUGUGCCGAUCGCGGCGGGCGGAUCUGGCCGAUCGAGAUCGUGGAUACGAGUGUGACGAGUGUUGCAACGAUCGAUUGAGGAAUACCAAGCGGUACACAGAUCUACGACGUUGAUAAAUCAUUGGCUGGAGUGGCUGGGGAAGACCGCAGGUGACCCACGGGGAAUGGUGAUGCGGUAGUCGAGGGAUUCCUCGAGGGAAGACAUGAGGGCGGCCGCCGCCUACGUCCUGUUCCUUGCCCACCUCAUACAGGCGACACACGCGAGCGGAUUCUUCGAGGUGCAGAUCCUCUCGCUGACGAACAACAGGGGCACCCUGGUGGACGGCAGGUGUUGUGGCGGGGGAGGCGAUGGCGGAGGAAAAGGAGGAUUACCACCCUGCACGACACCGUGUUCGACGGCGUUCUGGCUCUGUCUGAAAGAGUAUCAAUCGAAUGUCACUGCCAUCGGCUCGUGUAGCUUCGGCAACGUAUCUAGUCCUGCCCUCGGCCAGAACACCUUCACCCUCACCGAACCAAUCACCCUGCAACUUCACUUCACGUUUCGAUGGACGAGGCAAUUCACGCUGAUCUUGCAAGCGAGGGACGAGGCGAGCGCAGGCGUGAUCGAGGAAGCAAGUUACAGCGGCAUUGUCUUGCCAGGACCCACGUGGCACACCCUCAAUCAUCAAGGAAGGAACGCUCAUUUAGCCUAUCGCGUUCGGGUCCAGUGCGCGGAUCAUUACUACAACGCGACCUGCACGAAGUUCUGCCGACCACGAAACGACAUAUUCGGUCACUACACCUGCGACGAGAACGGCGACAAGGUCUGCAUACAGGGAUGGAAGGGCUCCGACUGCGAAACAGCGGUGUGUAAAGAGGGUUGCCACCCGGUCCACGGCCAUUGCAACGUAAGCGGCGAGUGCAAGUGCCGACACGGCUGGCGCGGCGAACGCUGCGACCAAUGCACCCCGUAUCCAGGCUGCAAGCACGGUUACUGCAACGGUUCGAGCUGGCAGUGCAUCUGCGACACGAACUGGGGCGGCAUCCUUUGCGACCAGGACCUCAACUAUUGCGGGACCCACGAGCCCUGUCAGAACGGUGGUACCUGUGAGAACACGGCGCCGGAUCAGUACAAGUGCACCUGUCCCGAGGGAUUCUCGGGGCCGACCUGCGAGAAGGUCGACAACCCUUGCGCCUCCAACCCCUGCCAAAACGGGGCGACCUGCAGGGGAGAGCUAGGGGAAAGCGCGCAUUGCGAAUGCGCGGCGGGUUUCAGCGGGCCGAACUGCGCGACCGACAUCGACGAGUGCGCCUCGCAGCCGUGCCAAAACGGCGGCACUUGCAUCGACGGGAAAAACGGGUUCGUCUGCAACUGCCCUUCCGCCUGGCAAGGCGUCCUAUGCCAGUUCGACGUCGACGAGUGCGCCCUGAAGGAGUCCCCGUGCAAGAACUCGCUGACCUGCACGAACCUCGCCGGCGACUACAAGUGUCGCUGCAGGAGAGGCUUCGAGGGUAAGAACUGCACGAAGAACAUCAACGACUGCGUGGGACAGUGCCAGAACGGGGCGCUCUGCAUCGAUCUGGUCGAUCAUUAUCACUGCAGCUGCACCCCGGGCUACUCGGGCAAGGACUGCGACGUCGACAUUGACGAGUGCGCCUCGAAGCCCUGCCAGAAUGGCGGCGAGUGCAGGGACCUGGUGAACGCGUACGAGUGCGUCUGCCCGGUCGGGUUCACCGGUUAUCAGUGCGAGAUCGACAGGGACCACUGCAGCCCGAACCCGUGCAGGAACUCCGCGCCCUGCUUCAACACUCAGACCGAUUACUAUUGUCACUGCCCGGAACAAUGGCAGGGGAAGAACUGCUCCGAGCCAGCCUCUCACAACCCGCAGUUCGGCGUCAUGGACGAGGAGGCCGGCUGCGGAAGCGAGGGCACACCCUGCGCCGGCAGGGGCAGAUGCAGCGGCGGGAGAUGCAUCUGCGACCCUGGCUACACCGGGAUGCACUGCCACGAGAACAUCAACGACUGCAGGGGCAAUCCUUGCCUGAACGGUGGUACCUGCGUAGACCUCGUGAACUCGUUUCAAUGUAUUUGCAGAGAGGGCUGGACCGGGGACCUGUGUGAUCAGGACGUGGACGAGUGUAUGAACUCUCCCUGCCGUAACAAUGGCACCUGCGUGGACGGCGUCGCGGACUUCACCUGCAUCUGCAGAGGUGAAUGGAAGGGCAAGACCUGCGCCCUCCGCGGUGGUCACUGCGAGCCGGGGACCUGCCGUCACGGUGGGACUUGUCAGGACCGAGGGGACGGGUUCACUUGCCAUUGUCCUCCGGAUUGGGAAGGCGCAGCCUGUCACAUAGCUUCUCCCGCCUGCGCGAGCAAUCCUUGCGAAAACGGCGCUACUUGCGUGAACACCGCCGACGGGAACUACAGAUGCGUCUGCAGAGAAGGGUUCGAGGGGCCGAACUGUCGCCGGGACGUCGACGAUUGUCAGCCAUUGCCCUGCCUGAACGGCGGUAAAUGCGUGGACGGGAUCAACUGGUUCAGAUGCGAGUGUGCGCCGGGAUUCACCGGCCCGGACUGUCGCAUAAACGUGAACGAGUGCGCCAGCGAUCCGUGCACCAGCGGCUCCACGUGCGUCGAUGGUAUAGCGAGCUAUUCCUGCGUCUGUCCGCCAGGCAGAAGCGGAGCGCGCUGCGAGAUCCGCACUGCUGGGGGCCCGGGUUGCAUGGUGGCCAGCUGCGACGACGAUUGCAACAUCUGCGAGUGCCGGAACGGGAAGAACCAGUGCAGCAAUAUCUGGUGCGGUCCCGGGAAUUGCCUGAACGGCACUUCCUGCCUAGCUCACGAGGUCUGCGUGCCCAGCCCCAGCGAGAGCUGCCUCUCGCCGCCCUGUCCAGCCUGGGGCGAGUGCAGACCGGUGGAAACUGGCAGAAGGGUCGGCCCGCCUGCUCUGCCCGCACCACCCUCCUGUUGGCCCGGACAGGCCACCCCGGGCCCCACGUGUUCCAGGCUCACCAUUUUACUGAGAAGAGAUAAUCUGGCUGCGGGUACCUCGGUCGAGAUUCUUUGCAGACGCCUGAGGAAGCUGUUGGCUGACCCGAGGAGGCCACAGUCGAUCGUCCUUCUGUGCGACCUGAAGCCAGGCGACAACGAUACGGUGGAAGUGACCAUCUUCUCCGAAGCAGCCGCGGACGCGGCCAGAGAUCUUGGCGAAGCUCUCAGCAGACCGCUGGGAAGACCUCUCGCUCUGGCCUCCGUGCUGGAGGUCAAGGUGGAGACGGCCUUGCUCAGCGAGCCGAGCUCGGCGAACGCCAGCAGUGCUGGCAGUUACGUGGCCGUCCUGGGCGGCGCCCUAGCCACCGUGCUGGUGCUAGCCCUGUUCGGCGGGCUCUGGUACCUUCGGUCCGUCAGGCAACGGUCCAGCCUGACGGCGACGACGAACAGCGAGACCUCGUUGCACAGACAUCGCAGCGACUUGGACGAGAAGUCGAACAACCUCCAGAACGAGGAGAACCUGAGGAGAUACGCGAAUCCUUUGAAGGACCAGGACCAAGGCGAGCCCAGGGUCUCCGUCGUGAGGCCGCUGUCGGGGACCUCGCUGGGCGCGCUCGCCGCGACCGAGGAGAGUUUGGAGAUGGUCUCCGAAGAGGGUAGACAUCGUCUGCCGCCUCUCUACAAAGCGCCCAGCGCCGAGGCGAGGAACAACACGGCCAGCUUCAGCUACGAGGAGGGACUUCAUAAACCGUACAGCAAACCAAGACUACAGGAACCAUCGUAUUCUCAUCAGCAACCGGGAACCAGCCAGACGUCGGUGCCCCAUCAAGUAUUGACUGUACACGUGUAACUCCAUGCCGGCAUAUCGCGGAUGUCGAUGACAAAUUUAAGGACGAUAAGAGCGUCGUGAAACAGAGUCAUCGGGACCACGCUGUGGAACGCGCAGGUUGCGGCGUGUGCGACUUCGAACGAACGUUUCUCUCGUCGGUUCUCGCGUAUCCGGCAAGGAACGCUUGCUCGAUGUUACACGUUCGAGAGAAGGCUGAGAUUUGUUGUUGUACAGUGUUAGUAAUCUGUGGCAUUCGUUUCCGCGUGUAGCUGUCUCGUACUAUGUAUUUCGAAGCGCGAAUCCGGGUGGAUCGCAGCGGUCCUGUUCCGCCAUAGUUCACGGACAGCAAGCGAGGCGGAUCUAGGUAGAUAGAGAGAGGUAAGAGAGGUCGACAGAAUUCUCCUUUUCCCAGAUUUCGAGCUGCGAUCCGGUUUACGCGCUCCCUGUCUACCCGUGCUCCGUACUUCCGGCGAUUUCACGGUACACGAGAAUAACCGAUCGACGAUACACAAUUCUACCGAGAUAACGGCGAGUCGUUCUAUCGUUGUACAUAUGUACAUAACUCGUACUUAUUAAUUUCGCUAAGCUUGUAUCUCCUAUAAACCAUCCCUCGUCCCCGUUCCAAUCCCCAGAACUGUCUUAAGGUUUAAGAUUCGACGUUGUAUCCGCGUUCAUCGUAGACCAGGAUUUAGACCGUGGUCCCCUUCCGUUCUCCGAAGCUGAAGAUGUCCGAGUGAUGCGGGCAUUCGUAGAGAUGUAGGCAAAACUAUUCUGCGCGAACGCAGGCUUCGGACGUUCCGUCGGACGAUAUUAUUGUGAUACUCGUAGAGAGAGAGGAUAUCGUGCGUAAGACUUUCCUCAUUCUCGCCCCUAUCACCGCUCCCGUCCCAUCCUUUUGGACCCCCGACACGAUUCAUUGUCGUCAAUGAUUGUUAUUCGGUCGAUUCUAUCUCUCGAAUGAGAGAACUCGAGACAUUGACGGUCGCGCAGUAGCUUCCCACUCGAAUCGAAUCACUUUUGGACUUGUCAAUUUUGUCUGUAGAACAUCUAGGUGCAGAUAAAAUUUGACAAAUUCACCUUCCUCGAUUCGUAUGAUCUUUGAUUCCGGGUUUAGCUUCUCAUCGGCGAAUCAGCAUUUUUGACGAUGCUAUUAUCGUUCGAUAAAAUUUAUCUCGUUUCGUGGAUCGACAACGAUCAGUUUUUGACCGACGUCAUCCAGAGUUCCAACAUGGUGUCAUCGGUGUAAAUAAAGCCCCAACGUACAUAGUUCCAUGUCGUCGCCUUUUUACCAAGCUUCCUUGGACUCCGCCCCGCCCCCCUCUCUUCCACGAUCACCAACCCCCGACCCCUUUUAGAUGUGCAAUUUUUAUGUAUCUAUUCUUCUUCUUUUAGUAUCGUUCCAGCGUGUCGCGAUCAGCUGGUCGCUCGAAAUCGCGCGUAAACUAGACUUUAACGAAGAGGAAGGCGCAUAAAUCGUAUUAGGCGGUAACCGUAAGUUCUAACGGAAGGAAAAAAAUUUGUAUAACAGAUACUUUAUUUUAUAAAGAAAUCUAUAUUCUUAUACAAAAAUAUAUACAUAGAACCGAUGAAAAAAAAUAUAUAUAUAUAUAUAUUAUAUUAUUUUAUAUUAUAUUAUUUUUAUUUUAUUGUCUUGUAUUAAUUGAUUAAGAGACCACGGACAAUAGUUCCUCGAACGUGUUCCUUAUCUUCCACGAGAGCCUGUCGGUCCAAGAGACGAUCGAUACGCGACGACAAUUUGUAUCGCACCCCCGAGGAAUUAAUGCCCCAGGUCCACCGUAGAUAGCUAAUGGAUAAUCGACUAGAUGUGAUCAGCCCCCGUGUCAGAUACCGAAGGAAAAAUGUGUACGAGUAAGUGCGUGUAAAUAAAUAAGCUCCUUCCGACCGCCCCUCGCCCUCUCCGCCCCCGCGCCAAGUUUUUCUCACCUAAGGUUACGAAGAUUGAAAAAGUUUCAAUAAAAAGUACAACCCUUCGA